AUGAGCUACAUGGCGAUCACAUGUCACUAUGUAACACCAACAUUUGAACUGAAGAGCAAGCUCCUCACCACAACAUGCUUCCCAAACCAUGCCAAAACAGGAGAUAAUAUCCGAAUAGAGCUUCAACAGCAGUUAGUCACAGUCCUCGGCUUUGAUGCAUCAGUUUUGAACAAUGUUGUCUGGGUAACUGACCAGGGUGCAAACGUGGUGGCCGCUCUCCGUCCAUACAGGCACCUGGCUUGUCAAGAUGACCUGUAUAACACAGUCCUCCGACAUGCCUUGAACACAGAUGAGCUGGCUGAAGUAGUCCCAGAAGUAGCAGAGACCCUGUUGGCGGCGAAGGCUUUAGUCCGCUAUCUUAAACAGUCUGGUCUGACCAGUCAGCUGCCAAAAACCGUGAAAGAAAUGGCAGAGACAGGUAUAGCACAGUCUUCCUCACACUGGAGUCAAUCCAGUCGGUCCAUGGAGAGCUGCAGGAGCUUCUUCAGAGCCGUGGCUUCUCCCCAGAUGUUCAAGCCUUCCUUGUGGAAUUUCUGUGCCGCAUUUAGCGAUGCGCAAAAGGAGCUAGAAGGGGACAAAUACCCAACACUGCACCUUGUCGUCCUCUGGGCCGACAAGCUGAAAAGCCACUGCCAACCAGACGUGGCUGAUACUCCUUCCCAGGCUUCAUUCGCCAACGACACCUUGACUGCUUAG